GCAGAGUAGAAGCAGAUGUAUUUCGUUUUUGAUUCUGUAUCACAAAACACAAAGCAGACGUGUGGUGUAUUUCCAUGAAUUAACCUUACUACUAGAGAAUCGCGUUUGGUCCUUUGAGGCCGCCGUAGGGAGCGGAUACGACGGUCGAAGCUGGCGGGACGCAGCGCCGCGCGUGAAGCUCGAGAUACCGAACAGCAGCACGUCACGACAACAGGGAGACCCGAUGGACCCGAUAGCCAAAUACAUCUCGCAGAAAAUCAGCAAGACGCGAUGGCGCCCGAUUUCCCCGGCUUUAUUACAGCAGCCUGAAGUGUUCGCCGCGGGAUCCUGGGACAACGAGAGUAACAGAGUGUCGGUCUGGUCGGUGGGAGACCACGGAGUCUCUAGCAUUGACGGAGAGUUUGAAGAAGAGCCGCAGCUGCUGUGUGACUGUCAGCAUGGCGGGGAUGUGAUGGACCUGCAGUUUCUGGAUCAAGACCGGCUUGUUUCUGCAUCUUCAAGCGGGGCUGUGACUAUUUUUAAGCUUCGGUCUGACUGUCAGACGCUGUCCGUGGCUCACGUGUGGGAGAGGGCUCAUCGAUAUCCCUGCGAUGACGCACCCUGCACUGCAGUCGUGUGCCGAAGCCCUGAACUCGUGUCAGUGGGUGAAGACGGCAGAGUCGUUCUCUACAAGGCAGAUCAGGCGGAAGUCGUCCGUGUCAUUGAAAACGCAGACAGCAGUACGAUUCACGCGGUGACGUUUCUGAGGACGACCGAGGUGCUCACCGUGAACUCCAUCGGUCAGCUGAAGAUGUGGGACUUCAGGCAGCAGAGAGACAGUCCUGCACAGAUCCUCUCGCUAACUGGGGACAGAGUGCCUUUGCACUGUGUGGAUAAACACCCGAACCAGCAGCACAUAGUGGCCACCGGAGGACAGGACGGGAUGCUGUGUAUCUGGGACGUGAGACAGGGCAAUACACCCUUCUCUCUCAUAGAGGCCCAUUCAGGGGAAAUGUGGGAAGUACAUUUUCAUCCGUCAAAUCCCAAUCACUUAUUUACAUGCUCGGAGGACGGAUCUCUGCUCCACUGGGAGACCACUUCAGCGUCAGACAUGAGCACGCUCCUGAAGAGGGGCUGGAACAGCAGGGUCGUCUCUCACAGUGGCGCACCGCUGGCAGGGGAGAAUGAUUCUGCGGUCAGCGCCUGGCUUGCUGGGGACUCCAGCAAAAAUAGACUGGAGGCGACUCAUAUGCUACCGAGCCAGACGCUGUCUGUGAACAGCCUCGACGUGCUCGAGCAGUGUUUAGUGUGCGGGACCGAUGGAGAGGCCGUGUACGUCCACAGACAAGUUCCUGUUUGAUUGCUGACCCAAAAUAUGUAUGAGAUUGCUUGCUUAUUUUUUUUUUAUAUGCUUAAGCUCUGUUCAGUUGGUAGAAACUGCACAAGGUUCAUUAAAAGUCAAUAUUUACAGCC